AUGAAGCCGCGGAGCUGGACGCACAGUGAGGACUCGGAGGCCACUAGCCUGCCUUCGGUUGCCGCCUACGACUCCCUGCCCGCAGACUCCCAUGCCUACACCAUGCCGGAAUUCGCCCAGCGCUUCUUCCGGAGGCCCCAAGGCUUGCUGCCUGCAACAGGUGAAGGUACCACGGUUGACCUUGUGCAGUACACCAAGGUGCCCAUCCAGGAAUCGCUCAUCGCUCUCGGUGACAAGGACAUGAACAAGAGGGCUGUGGAAAGCUUCCAGGCUCUGAUGCAGUUCAUGGGGGACCAGUCCAAGCCACGGAACAAAGACGACCUGGAGCUGCUUUACGACCUGCUGAAGGCAUCCCGGGAGGAGAGGCUCAGGGAUGAGAUUUACUGCCAGGUCAUCAAGCAGGUCACAGGACAUCCCCAGUCAGGGCACUGCACGCGGGGCUGGACCUUCCUCAGUCUCCUCACAGGCUUCUUCCCGCCCUCCACCACCCUGAUGCCCUACGUCACCAAGUUCCUGCAGGACACAGGGCCAAGCCAAGAGCUGGCCCGCAGAAGCCAAGAGCACCUGCAGCGCACAGUCAAAUAUGGGGGCCACCAGCAGCUGCCACUGCCAGGGGAGAUGCAGGCCUUCUUGAAAGGCCAGGCGGUCCGCAUGCUGCUGAUCCACCUCCCGGGGGGUGUGGACUACAAGACCAACAUUCACACGUUCACAGUGGUCUCGGAGGUGCUGGAGGAGCUGUGUGGGCGCAUGGGCAUCAUGGACCCGCAGGAAAUGCAGGAGUUCGCCCUGUUCGUCAUCAAAGGGGAAGGUGACCUGGUGCGGCCUCUGCGGCUCAGUGAGUACCUCAACAGCGUGAUGGGGGCCCCUGACCUCAGCCUGCAUGCCCGGCGGCUGGGCUGGGAGAGCCAGCUGCACUUCGACCACUCCACCUACAUCAGCGUCCACUACCACCAGGUACUGCGAGAUUACCUCCAGGGGAAGCUGCUGGUGAGCGCCCAGGCAGACGCCCAGCUCGCCCACCUGGCGGCCCUGCAGCACGUCAGCAAGGCCACCAAGGAGCCCCCCUCUGAGCAAGACCUGCUGCUUUACGUGCCAAAGCCCCUGACGUCGCAGGUGGACAUGGCCGCCAUAAAGGGCAGGAUGGGCCAGGAGCUGAGACAGCUGCAGGGACACAGCUCACAGGAUGCACAGAUUAGCUUCAUCGAGGCCGUGACCCGGCUGCCCCUCUUUGGCUACACUGUGUACGUGGUGCUGCGUGUGAGCGAGCUGGCCAUGCCCAGGCCCAGCCUCCUGGGGCUCAAUCGUCAGCACCUCAUCCUCAUGGACCCCAACUCCCAGAAGCUGUGCUGCUCCAUCGCCCUCGCCGAGGUCCAGCGGCUGCACGUGCUCAGCCCCCUGGAAGAGGGCGGGCCCCCUGCCCUGGAGCUCAACCACGGCUCCGCCCACAGUCCCCGCACCAUCUGGUUCGAGCUGCCGCAGGUGAGAGCCCACCUGCCGGGCUUCGGUGGGCGGGGCUCAGGUGAGGCAGGGCUCAGGUGA